AUGGAAAGUCACCAGGAUUGUUAUAACAUGCAAUACGUUCAAGCGCCACUAAACGCGCCUCAUAUCCCAGAUUUCAGCGUUGACCAAGGAAAUCAGGUUAACGAAGCCUUAUUAUUUGAUCCAAAUCUUGUCGUGAGCUAUAUGCCACAAUACGACCAAGUUUAUCUCGACCUAAGUUCUAAUAGUAUGCCCACCAUGGCAUCUCCUCCAAUUUCGGUACCUGACACACCAUUCCAUGAUGCUUACGAGUUAGAUUUAAAACCAAUGGGCUCAUCUUAUUUCACUACACAUCCUUCUCCAUCCAUGUCAUCAUCCAUUAGUGACCAAGUAUACGGUACUGUUGACCCAGAAAACAAGGAUGUUAAAUUUAUGCCACACGAGCAACAGUACGAACAACAAAACAUUGUUAACGUUGAUACUGCGGAACAUGUCAAGCCCAUGAACUAUAAAGCUCAACAACAAUUUCCAUCGCCGCCAACAUCGCCUUCUGCGCCACACGCUUCUUCUGCCUCAAAUGAUUCAUUCAAAGUGGCAAUUAAACGUAAAAGGAUCACAAGCUAUGUGGAAGGUGAAGUUGAUAAUAAGCAUGUAAAGCAAGAGGAGAAUAAUGGCAACGAUGAGCAUGUACCCAUCUUUGUCAAUCCCAAGCAAUACAGAAGAAUUCUCAAGCGAAGGAUCGCCCGUGAGAAAUUUGAGAGAAAGCAUAACCUUUCCAAAGAAAGAAAGCCCUACAUCCACGAGUCUCGUCACGUGCAUGCCCUACGUAGACCAAGAGGACCUGGUGGUAGAUUCUUGAACGCAAAUGAAAUGGCAGAAAUAGAAAGACGAAAGAGCCUUAAUUCAAAUUCAACUUCUUCUAGUUGUGUGUCUCCAACCACACCAACUUGUUCUACACCGUGUUCAACACCUUCUUGUUCUACCCCCACUUGCCCUACUCCCACUUUUGUAAACUCACCUGUCUCCUACAUAAAUCCUAAUCACUUUCAAAGUGGUAUGACUACAGGUUAUGUAUAUGGUAACGUUGAAUCCUGGGAUUCGACAUGGGAAAUCACAUCGGAUAUAAAAAAUCAAAGUUAUUUUCCAGCAACCGUAGGACUUGUAGAGUCAUACCCUAUAAAUACACCAUCGAGCGUGUAUGGACCAACAGAUUUCAAUUUUUCGCAACAAACACAAACAGCACUUCCCUCGACGGGAAUAUUUUACAACGAUCUUUCGUUAGCAUCAACCAUGAGCGAUAAUAAUAAUAUUCAUGCGUGGGAAUAUUAG